AUGCCGCCGGUGCCCGUGCUCUGCGGCAGCUGCGGGGAACAGCGGGCUGCGCUCCGCCGCCCCAAAACCGGCCAGGCGCUUUGCCGGAGCUGCUUCGCGGCCGCUUUCGAAGCGGAGGUACACGAGACCAUCGUGUCGGCGCGUCUUUUCCAGCCCGGCGAGACGGUGGCCAUCGGGGCGUCGGGCGGCAAGGACUCCACGGUGCUGGCGCACGUGCUGCGCCUGCUGGACCAGCGCCACGGCUACGGCCUGCGCCUCUUGCUGCUCUCCGUGGACGAAGGCAUCGCGGGCUACCGGGACGACUCGCUGGCCGCCGUCCAGCGCAACCGGGGCCGGCUGGGCCUGCCUCUGCACGUGGUCUCCUACCGGGAGCUCUACGGCUGGAGCAUGGACCGCAUCGUCCAGCACACGGGCGCCAGGAACAAUUGCACCUUCUGCGGCGUCUUCCGGAGGCAGGCGCUGGACCGGGGCGCCGUUUUGUUAGGGGCGGACAAGAUAGCCACAGGUCAUAAUGCUGAUGACGUGGCUGAGACAAUCUUGAUGAAUUUCCUGCGGGGUGAUGUGGGCCGGCUUCAACGCUGCGCCGAAAUCCUGACAGGCGGGGAGGGAACCCUGCCUCGCUGCAAGCCGCUGAAGCACGCUUACGAAAAAGAGAUCGUGCUCUAUGCCUACUUCCAGGGCUUGGACUACUUCAGCACCGAGUGCGUGUACGCCCCCAAUGCCUACCGGGGCCACGUCCGCGCCUUGCUGAAAGACCUAGAAGCUAUCCAGCCAAGCUCAGUGGCUGACUUGGUGCACUCAGGGGAGCGUCUGGCUAUCCGUAAGGACGUACGCUUGCCUGUCCAGGGCACCUGCCGGCGUUGCGGCUACUUCUCUAGCCAGCCGCUUUGCAAAGCUUGCGUGCUGCUGGAGGGGCUGAAUCGUGGACUCCCGAAGCUGGCCAUUGGCAAAACCAACCGCCUGCAGAAGGCUUUGCUGGAGGGAGAAAAGCCAGAGGCUGGCUUAGAAACAGAGGAGAACUCAAGGAAACCAAGCCGGAUUGGAAGGACAAUAGACUUCUGAACUCCCUCUUGUUAUGUUCUGAGGUGGGAUGGGAUUUUUUAAAAAAAAUAUUCUUAAGAAUGAAUUACAUAGAUCCUGGAGUUGGGAAGAAGUGAGUCCCCCAUCCCAGUUGCUGGACAACAUGUCCCAGCAGGAUGGUCAAGGGUGAUGGUUCUUGGGCAGCCAUCUUGCAAAAGUCACUGGAUUCCCAGUUGUGGUGGUGGUCCCUGUUAGUGUGUUUGCACUAAAAGGACGGGGACCAUCUUCUGUACUGUCCUUCCCUGAUAGGGAGCCCUCUUGGGUGUGAUGGGCUUCAGGCCCCUUCCUCCUCAUUCAGCCUUUGCUGCUGUUGGCUGGGAAUUGUGGAGAAGCCCACACAUCUGGAGGAAGGAGGUUGUGAGGAAGGUUGCUUUCCUGUGCAUUGCUGCUGUUCCCAAAGUGGUGAUUGCAGCCACAAGGUUAAGGGUGGUCUCAUCCUUCAUGGAAAGGAGUUCAAGGUUGGGGUAGUGGAUGACCAUUGUUUCCUUGGCUUGUUGUUCUUCCCCAUCUUCACACAUCACCUCUCCAGGCAGUUCAACUUUGAGUGAUCUAGAGCAUCUCCAACCUUGGCAACUUUAAGACUGGCGGACUUCAACUCCCAGAAUUCCCUAGCCAGCAAAUCUGGGUUUAAUACUAUAUUGUUAUUUUUACAUUCAAUAAGUAUAAAUAUUGUUUUAGCAGAAAAUAAGCCCACUCUCACCUAUAAUGUAGCCAAAUUUUGUCUUGCUGCCACAAGAAUGAGGCUAUUAGCAUCACCCAAUAAAAUUGUAUUUUCAUGA